AUGAGGGCGGACUCUCCUCAACCGCCGAAACAGGCGGCUGCAGCGCCGCCGCACCCGGAGGAAGACGUCACCGGAGAGCCCCUCGCCCGACCCACCGCCGGAAGUGCGGGCGCUGGCAUCGGGGUCGGCGGUCUCCGGAAGAAGGCGGCGGGCGUUAGGGCGUGGCUGAAACUGGACUCGACGGGCCAGGCGGAGGUCGUGGAGGUCGGAAAACACGUCAUCAUGAGGUGGACGGGGCUCCCGGCCCGAGAUCUCCGUAUACUCGAUCCGCUGUUGUCUUAUCCGUCGACCGUGCUUGGCCGUGAGCGUGCCAUUGUCAUUAAUCUGGAGCACAUAAAGGCUAUUAUCACGGCGCAGGAAGUUCUCUUGCUCAAUUCCAGAGAUCCUUCGGUGAUUCCGUUUGUCGACGAGCUUCAGAGGAGAAUUUUGCGUCACCAGCAAGCUGUCAAGUCCCAGGAAACUGGAGAUGGUGAAAAUGCCAACUGGACGAACUUGUAUGAUAUAGAAGGGCCUCAGGCGGUACCACUAAAUCCCUCAAAUCGCUCGAAUAAUUUCCCAAGCAAGGAAGAUGGAGUGGAGGUAGAAGGGAAAGAACAAUCUCCCGAGAAUCGUGAUGGCCCAAAGUUGCUGCCGUUUGAGUUUGUUGCAUUAGAGGCGUGCCUCGAGGCUGCUUGCAGUUGCUUGGAUAAUGAAGCAAGGACAUUGGAGCAAGAAGCUCAUCCAGCAUUAGAUAAAUUGACUUCGAAGAUAAGUACACUAAAUCUGGAACGCGUGAGGCAAAUUAAAAGUCGGCUGGUUGCUAUAACUGGUCGUGUUCAAAAGGUGAGGGAUGAGCUGGAGCAUUUGCUUGAUGACGAUGAUGACAUGGCAGAAAUGUAUUUGACCGACAAACUGCAGGAACAGCUAGAGAACUCCUCUGUUACUUCCAUGGAUGAGCAAGAGCCAGAUGAGUUGGAUGAUGCAAACAUUGAUGACAGGCACGCAAAAAAUUUAAAACCCUUUGUCGUCUUAUCUCAGACUCCUGCUGAAAUAUUGAUGGAAGGUAAUGAGGGUUUAGAUGCUGAUCGCCAUAGAAUUGACAGCGGCAGGGAACAGUUAUUCGGUGGCCCUAAUGUUUUGAGCAGAGGCAGUCGUGGGACCCAUCAAAAUCUUGAUGUGGCGGAGCUUGAGAUGCUCUUGGAAGCUUAUUUUGUUCAUAUUGAUGGCACACUCAACAAGCUGUCCACU